AUGAACACAUCCGCCUACCCAUCCACCAACACACCCAAGACCCCUCAUCAGAGUCCACCGACGCAAUGCCAGGGUUUCACCCGCUCGACACGGACUCGAUGCACGAGGACGACGCCGUCCAAAUCCCAAAUCCCAUAUCGAUGCCAUCAACAUCAGGAAGAAGAUGUGGAUUGUGGAGAAUAUACAGAAUGGAUCGACGAGACAUUAUCGCAUUAUACGAAAAAGCGACUGAUAGAUGAACUCGUCAAACCGGUUUCAGACAAGGAUGGACCGGGGUACAUUUAUGUUUAUCAGUUGAUGGAAGGAGAUGGAGUGUUGGAUGGGUCCAUGUACAAAAUAGGUCGAACAACCAACAUCUCCCGUCGUCUAACCCAAUGGUCCACCCGCUGCGGUCUCACCCCGCACCUCAUUGCCCACUUUUACACAACCCCUUACGCCCAUCGUGCUGAGCGCCUCAUUCAUAUUGAACUCUCGGAGCGAUUCGGGACGGGACCAGUGGCGGGAGGGUGGUUGGGAGGUGAUGAGGGGUGUGAUUGA